AUGCCAAUAAAAACGAAAAUAGAUGAGUCAAACCCCGACCAGAGGAGAGCGUUCGAGAAGGGGUACAUCAUGGCGGAAAUUGUUGAGACUUACAGGAAAGCAGUAGUAUUCACCCAAAAGCAGAUGGCAAAGAAGCGGUAUUUAGAGUCCGAACGAAUCCGGUACCUGAUGUACGUCCAAAACGCAUAUAUCAAAUCGUACCACCUCACGCAUAUGAUGCAUGAAAUUGAUCCUAAGUACGGCACCGAUAAUACAGGUCAAAUAACCAAAAUGAAUCUGAACUAUAUUUUCCACGACCAAACGCCAUCUCACUACAACACCUCCGGAUUUUAUUACACGAAAGAGUUGGACGACAUUAGACAGGCCCGGGUGAGAGAGAGAAAGAGGAAGGUCGUCGCAGAGAAGCGGCAGCGGCUCCUAGAGGCCUACAAGUGGGGAAGUGUUAGUCCGGGGACUAUUAAGACCACUACCAACUGGUGGCCCGUGGCUUACGGCUGGGACAUAGACUACUACUGGUAA